UGCAAGAAUUAUGUCUCGAGGGAGUGCCGAGGAGGCGCAAGUGGUCUCUGGAGACCAGACAACUGGAACUGCUGAUGAUGAGAUGCCGAAUAAAGAAGAGCUCGAGAUAGCUUGGCAUAUUGCUAGUCGCAAAACAAGCAAGAGCAAAUUUACGAAGAUCAGAAAUCGAAUUCUUUCGUUAGUGGAAGAUGCCUCCGCUUCGUGUCGUGAGGUAGAACAGUUUUUCGCCGAGUUAAAAGAAUUAGAAGCGAAGCUAGAAGAGACAUGCGAGAAGUUACGGUAUUUGUUUACAGUACUUAAAGCAGACGCUCGUGUGACUCAAUUAGACCAGUGGCUAGACAAGUUAUUUGACGAAGCUGUGGAGGUUAAAUCAGCUGUAGCUCGAUACUUAGACAAUCGCUCUAGCAGUAGAAAUUCGUCUGUAAGAUCUAGCAAGAAAAGCGCCGCUGUAAAAAGCAAGAUUUCGAAGUCUACAGAUAAACAACAAUCUGGUAAUUUAUUCGAAACAAUGAAGCAUGAAAUGCCUGAAUUUGAAAGACCGACAAUGAAUAUAGAUUCAAUUGCCCAUCACAGAGAUAUAGCUAACUUAAAAGCUACUUCUAAGCGUGUUAUUCACGGACAGCAAGGAUUUCAAGACGAAGAGAACAGCGAAAAAGUUAUGACAAAUAAGACGGCAGCCUCAGGGAAAAGUAAACCAGACAAUUAUCGUGAUACGGUUGACUGGGUUGAAUCACAGCAAAAUAUUCGUGCAACAACAAAUGAAAGGUCACAACUUAAUUCAAACUCGGACAGUGUAGAGAAAGAAAUACGUCAGUUAGAAGAAGAAAUUAAAACUAUUAGGGCUGCACGACAAGCGGUCAGUGAUCUUCAAAUGCCUGUAAUGACAAAUAGACAAACAAACGUACCCUUACGUGACCACGAUAUGGUUCAACAAUCAAGUCAACCGAGAAGGGAAGCCGAAAACAAUCUGGAAUUAUGGCGAGCUCUCAGAGACCAACGCGAGCGGCAAACAUCUAUGAGAACAAAUCAGCGAAUAAAUACGCCUUUAACUGGUCCCGCAAAGGUCGAACUAUCUAGAUCUACACGGGCGGAUGAGGGGAAUAGUAACAAGUUAUCAAACCAUUUAGAACGAAUUCAUCUACCAACAUUUUCUGGCGAUAAAACCAAGUUUGAAGAAUGGAAAGCUCGAUUUACCGUGUGUGUUGAUAAAACUGACGCUUCAACAAUGCAUAAGUUAAUCCGUCUGCGGUCGCUUUUACGAGGGGAAGCGGAAGAACUUCUCGAAGGUCUUGGCUGGGAAAGCAGCGAUUAUUAUAGCGCGUGGAAAAUUCUUGAAGAUGAAUAUGGAGGAGAUGAGCGGUUUAUUAACCGUCAAAUGGAUCUUAUACGCGACGUAAAACAAGUAAAGACUGUAGAAGAUAUUCGACAAUUUUCUCGGCGUCUAAACACAUGCGUAGUUACAUUAAAGAAUCGUCGACGGUAUGACGAGUUGGAAGCCGGUAUGUUGUAUAGUGUGGUUAAGUCGAAAUUAUCUCCAAGACUACUGGAAACAUACUAUACGUGGCUUGAUUACCAACAUCGUAGAUCUACUUUGGAAGCCCUACGAGAUUGGCUGUUGGUCUAUUCGAGACAUAAAGUGCAAGCCCAAGAAGAUGUUGAGGGUGUUCUAAAGAAUGAUCAAGAAAGAAGACCGAAUCGUCGCAAUAACACAUACGCGUCAGCGCAGAACAACAGAAAAACGACGUCUAUUUGUUUCAAAUGUAACAAGAAACAUUAUAUUUCGAACUGUUAUCGGUUCAAGUCGAUGUCCCUAAAAGCACGUUGGGAAUUUGUUCGAGAAAAGAAGUUAUGUUUUAAAUGCUUGAACUCGGGUCAUCAAAGUGUAAAAUGCGAUAAAGAUGAGACGUGUCCAAUUUCGGAAUGUCACAGUCGACAUCACCCAUUGCUCCACCGACAUCAGCCCAAAGCGAGUGGAAAGGAUAAUGUUGAACAGUCAACUACCACCGAGCAACAAAAUGAGGAACAGAGACAAAUUCAGAAUGAUCUAAGCAACGCCAAUCUACCCCCUCCACAAGAAUCCACUCCAUCCACGUCAAUGAGUAAUCAUGUAACCGAUAACGGGUCACAAUUUAUAGCACUUAGAACAGUUCCUGUCGUUCUGGUUAAUGGCAAUCAACGCAUUGUAGCCAAUGCCUUCCUUGACGAAGGAAGUACCGCUUCGUAUGUUCGAGAAGAUAUUGCUCAUAAACUUAAAUUGCAAGGAACACCUGAACAACUUCACGUUUCUACCUUAACCGGAAAGACGACGUUCAAUAGCACCCGUGUUCAAAUCAAUGUGGAAACUGGAAAGUUUUGAUAGCAGAUUCAGUGGUCGAGUUGAUGCUUGGACCAAGGAUACUGUAACUCCAGGACUUGAUGUGAUUGAUUGGAACAAACAAAAGAGUGAAUGGCCCCACCUUCGUCACCUUGAAUUUCCCCAUGUUCCACGCAACAGAGUCGUUGACAUCCUGAUUGGAAUCAACGCUAUUGAAUUUCACUCACCUCUUGAAGGAAUUCCUGGUUUACAGGGUGAACCGGUCGCUCGAAGAACACCCUUGGGUUGGACGUGCGUUGGACCCUGUCAGAGAAACAUUGCUCUAUCUGAAGUACGUUCUCAUUGUGCUUUUCACAUUGCGAUGAAAGAAGAUGAAGGGGAUAAUUUGGACUGUACCCUACAGCGCUUUUGGGACCUCGAAUCUAUCGGCUUAGUACCAGGAAAAGAAGAGACAUCCACUCCAGACGAUUUGGAAGCUGAGAAGAAAGUUGCGAAUUCCUUACGUUAUGUCAACGGCCGCUACGAGGUAGGAAUACCAUGGAAGAAGAACGAACCACAGUUGGAAAAUAAUUACAACUUGGCUUAUAAGCGUCUGGAAACACUCGAACAGUCUUUAAAACGACGUCCGAAUGUCGCCGAGAGUUACCAGAAAGUAAAUGAAGAUCAUUUGUCCAAAGGGUAUAUUCGGAAACUUACCCGACAAGAAAAGCAACGACCAAAGUGGUACCUUCCACAUUUUCCUGUGGUGCGCAACGAUAGAUCAACGACGAAAGUCAGAAUAGUCUUUGGCGCAGCGUGUAGUUUUCAAGGGAAAAGCCUGAAUGAUUCUAUGCACACUGGUCCUAAGCUACAGAAGGAAGUUUUGGACGUACUUCUACGUUUUCGCCGCGACAGGAGUGCCUUAUCGGGUGAUAUUAGCGAGAUGUUUCUGCAAGUUAUCAUGGCAGAAAGUGAUCGUCCAUAUCAUUCUUUCUUGUGGCGUGACCUGAAAAGCGGAACUCCUGAUGUUUAUGAAUUUCAACGAUUGGUGUUUGGAGAUAAAGCGUCCCCCUACUUGGCUCAAGCUGUGUGUCGAGAACAUGCGAAGAGAAAUGCAAAUGAAUACCCGGAUGCUGCGAGGACAGUCUUGGAUUCAAUGUAUAUGGAUGACACCUUGGAUUCAGUCUCGAACGUAGCAGAAGUAAUUAAUCUUCGACGUAAUUUAACGGCAAUGAUGGCUCAAGCUGGAAUGAAAAUUAGAAAAUGGUGCAGCAACGAAGCAGCCGUGAUGGUGGACGUCUCUCCUUUGGAUCGUGCUCAAGGAAGUAUAGAGAUACGAGACAAAACUUUGCCAACAAUCAAAACUCUGGGAGUUAUGUGGGAAGCUAGCAAUGACUUGUUAACUUUUCAAUACGCAGCACCACCUAUACCUGAUCAAUUAAAGAAGAGAGUCGUAACAAGUUUUGGCGCAGAUGGCUUCCAGAGUUUCUACCUGCUGUGA